UGUUCAGGAACUAAUUGUAUUUGCACAGUUGCAACUUGUUUUGCAAACGAUGAGAUGAUACGUAUUAUUAUAAAAGGCUGCGCGUACCUACUUGAUCUUGAUCGCCCGUCUCUAAACGCUGCAACAUGAAAACCGUCGUGUUAUUGGUCGUCGCUGUGGCGGCCCUAGUUCCUGCGGAGGCAGUCAGCAUCUCUUUGAGGGGACGAGAUGAAAUAGUCAGCUCAGUAGGACCUGUCGACGAUGGAUUGGCUACCGUUGAUGCCUCUUUGAAUCUGGCCAGAAGAAAGCGCGCCCUAUUCUGGAUCAGUACGAUUAUAGACAGAGCUGUUAAUGAUUUCCAAGAAGUGACAAACAAUCUGCAGCAGGCGGCAAACGGAAUAGUAGAUCGUGUGCAAGACAUGCUUUGGAGGUAACAAGCCUGCUGAUCAGGAACCUGCUGCUGAAGAAACAAGCUGCUGAGGAAUCUGCUGCUGAGUAAUCUGAUGCUCAGGAAUAAGAUUCUGAGGAACAAGCUGUUGAAGCAUCUGCUGCUCAGGAAUCUGAUGCUGAGGAACAAGCUGAUCAGGCAUCUGCUGCUGAGAAACAAUCUGUUGAGGAAUCUGAUGCUCAGGAACAAGAUAUUGAGGAACAAGCUGAUCAGGCAUCUGCUGCUCAGGGACAAGCUGCUCAAGAAUCUGAUGCUGAGGAACAAGAUAUUGAGGAACAAGCUGAUCAGGCAUCUGCUGCUCAGGAACAAGCUGCUCAAGAAUCUGAUGCUGAGAAACAAGCUGUUGAGGAAACUGAUGCUGAGAAACAAGCUGUUGAGGAAACUGAUGCUGAGAAACAAGCUGUUGAGGAAACUGAUGCUCAGGAAUCUGUUGCUGACCUCUAAACUUACUACACUACUUCGAACCUCGGACCGAUUCCAAGCAAAAACGUUUCAGAAAAUAUCGAAUUAGAAACAAUAAAAAUAAAUAUUUUGAAUUGGAUGUUACAUACAGAUGUGCUGCGAAUUAUGUUCAACAUUAUAUUACAAUAUACAUCAUCA